GGUCACUCCCCCAGCCCCACCCCUUGAGUGACACAUAACUGAGACUUUGCCAAGGCUUUGGCCAUUUCAACUGUUAGAAAUAUUUUUUUCAUAUCGAUUCAAGUGUCUGAAGGCACUGAGCCCUGGUGGGUCACCUCUGAGACUUUACGCCAUGGCUCCCAAGUUGCAGAGCACUUUCCCAGCACUGUGUCUUUUGGGGGUCUUAACCCUACUUCUGUGCCCUUCUGGCUUGUGUGACUGCAGAAGAUUUCCAAGCAUUGUCCAUGGAUCCCAUAAGGACGUGAGCUCCUUUUGGUCCUUUACUACUGUGGUGCAGUAUGAAUGUGAUGAAGGCUAUGUUCUGAUUGGACAGCCUGAAAUCACCUGCAGACACUCCCACUGGUCGGCUCCAGCUCCUGUCUGCAAAGCUCUGUGUCAGAGACCAAAGAUAAAGAAUGGAGGCCUGACGGUGCAUAAGGACCAGUAUGCUGAGGCUGAAAGCGUUACUGUCCAGUGUGACGAUGGCUAUGAUGUGAUCGGUUCCCGAAAUCUCACCUGCUCCGAGAAGAGAACGUGGUUGCCAGCAGUGCCCAGGUGUAAGUGGGAAGAUCCGAAGUCCUGUGAACAAGUGUUAGCAGGCAAAAAAAUCCAGCAGUGUCUCCCCAACCCAGAGGAUGUGAAAAUGGCUCUGGAGAUAUAUAAGCUGUCUAUGGAGAUUCAACACCUGCACAACAGUUCAACUUGAGGAGCAAUGCCAUUUAGAAACCAGUAUGUCCACACUCCCCAUGCCUGCUGCAUCCCUGCAAAAAGAAAGAAUUCGGUACAUUUCUCUAGUUAGCAGCCCUGCUAAUUGUUCCUUAAGUAUGGUUUGCUGGGGGAAAAAGAGCUAUGUUAGGGGAAUCUGUUGAUAUCCUUAGUGCCACUGAUCAUGCAGAGCUAUUGAUUUGUAUCUUUGCUCAGCCUACGCUUCUGCUGUCCUGGACAUGAUGGAAUGACAGAAAUAAAUAGCCACCUGUCACAAA